ACGGCCGCCCGCGCUGCCAGAGGAUCCGACAUUCCCGCUGCCAGCCGCGGGGAGCGAAACCGCCGGGAGAGAGCUCCGCAUCCGCCUUUUGGGGGAAAUCACACCUGAGGAGCCUCCGCAGGGGCUUGUUGGCUUCAGGCAGUCUGUGCAGGGGAAGGUGCUGCUGUGACCAUGAUGUCCCUGGGUGUCAGCAAAGGAGGGAUCAUCCCCCCCACGGAUGAGGACCGGCGCAGGAUCAUUAAGCAGAUGAAGGUUCGCACCACCCUGAGAGGAGACAAGAGCUGGAUCCACCACCACAACUCGGACUCUGAGGAUGAGAAGAAGAGCAGCCCCCUGUCUGGCCGGGCCGGUGGGGGAUCCCCAGCCCCCAAACCUGCUGCUCCCCAGAAUGACAGGUCACCUUCCUCCAAGCCCCAGUCCGGUUACCUCAUCAGGGGGGUGUUCACCAGGACCAUCGACAAGACCUCGGCCGUGCCAGAUUCCUCCUCUCCCAACCAAGCACAGAAAAACAAUUCCAUGAAGGGACAGAGCCCGGGCCGGUCCCCCUCUGGAUACAGGAUGACCACUGAGGACUACAAGAAACUAGCUCCUUACAACAUCAGGCAAAAAUCCGUGGAUGGGGAUGAGGAGGACGUGCCUUUUUCUCCGGAUGAACACAAGAAGAGGGCUGAGGCUGCCAACAGUGUCCUGCGGCGCUCGGCCGGCCGGGAACGCGCCUACGUCCUGUCGGCGGCCAAGAAGAGCAACGGCAGCCCAACACAGGAAUUCCCACCCUUGUUUGCCAAGAGAAUUGAGAUAGAAGAGGAGGAGGGGCAGCAGAGGAGGAGUCCAACCGUGCCGGGUUCCCGCCGGUUUGCGCCGGAUGACAGCAGUGCUGAUAGGCCAAGGAAAACCACCCCUGGAUCUUCCUGGGAUGAGCCAAAGGCAGCAGCAGCCUCUCCCUCCAGCCCCACGACAGACAGCAGGAGCCAAACAUCCCCAUCCCUGAGGGAAACUUCAGGGAGAAGCUCCACUUCUGCUGGAAUCAGGAAUGGUGAGGACAGCCAGGCCCUGAAUGGGAAAUCCUCCUGGGAGGCUGUGACACAGCGUGGGGACAGUGACAAAGCUCUGAAGGAAAAGCCUGAAACCUUCCCAUGGGAUGAGGCCCCCAGAGCCACCGGGGCUUCCACGAAUGGAAGCUUCCCUGAGCACACAGAAGCCAACAAUGGGCUUUACCCACCCAAGUCCAGCUCUGAUUCCAGGGACAGACCUGGGGAUGCUGCGGACGAGCUGCUCCAUCACUACGAGCCCUCUCCUGCCCUGGAUGUUGGAAGGUCCAGCUUGCAGCCUGAUGUCCCUUUUCCUCCCACUGAGAGAGCCCCUGUGCACAGAGAGGACAUGGAAUAUUCCUUUAAAAGGUCUGUCCUGGGGUACGAGGAGAGGAGCAGCUCCACCAGUCCUGAGGGCCCAGCACAGCUCCAGCCCCACUGGAACGAGUUUUCAGGCUCAACCAGCCUCACUGAGAGGGGCCAAGGACCUGCUGGCCAUGGUGCCCACCCAGAGCUGCCCAGGGCACAGGAACCCACAGCCCAUGAGCCCGGCAUGGUCGGGUCCCAGGACAGCACUGGUGGGAGCAGGGACACGGACAAGGGGAUGUCAUUCCAUGUGCAGAGCGAAGAAUUCACGGAAAGAAGGUCCAGCUCUGGACCUGGAGGAAGCAGCAUCCCUGCUCCAGAGCCCCCACGUGCCAAUGAGUCCGAGCCACGCCGGGACAGGGUCACUCCAGCCCAUGAGGAUCAAACCAUCCCCACCACAGAUGGUGCCCAGGACUGGAGGCACAGUGAGCCUGGCCCAGGGGCAGCCAGCAGGUCUGACUUCAGCUCCAGAGAGAGUGUUCUCAGUGCCCAUGAGAGCCAGCACCCUGUGCCCUUGUACCAGGACCCCCAGCCCUUCUUUGGGACAGCUCCCAGCCACAGGAUCCCGGCCUACGUGGACAGCCAAGUGUUCAGCACCAGGAGGCCCACCCUGGAUCCCGACGGGAGCAGCCGAUCCAACGGUGCCAGGGGGCACGGGGAGUUCACCCCCCCGGCUGGGCGCCAUGACUCCCUUCCCAGAGAUCCCAGUAUGUCCAUGGCCCAGAGAAGCCACAGGGUGCCGUUCUACAUGGACAGCCUGAACUACAACAGCACCAGGCUCCUCUCCAGUUCCAGUGAGAGGCUCUCCAGCCCCGGGUUCCACCCUGACUCCAGCACUGCCGGGAGAGGGAUCCUCUUUGUGAAGGAGUACGUGAACACCGGCGGCUUUCCAGCCUCCCCGCGCUAUGGAAGUGGCAGCCUUGUGGAUCUGACUGAUGUGGACAGAACCAGCUACAGCCACCACAGUUACCUGUCCAGUGCUCCCCUGCACAGGUCCAGUGACCCCGUGUGCAGUUACUGCAGCCGCGAGAUCCGGGACUGCCCCAAGAUCAUCAUAGAGCACCUGAACAUCCACUGCCACGAGUACUGCUUCAGGUGUGGAAUUUGCCACAAAGCAAUGGGAGAUCUCCUGGAUAAAAUAUUCAUCCACCGGGACAUUGUCCACUGCGACAAAUGCUACGAGAAACUCUUCUAGGGUUCUGCAGAGCUGGAAAGGCAGCCCCUGGAAGUCCACAGCAGCAUUGGAAUAUAGCUGGCAGCUCCUGACUGGCCAAGAGAGCAGAAUUCCUGCUCCUGCUUUCCUCCAGUUCUUUCCCCUCUCACUGCCCCCUGGCCAUGAGUGACUUUAACACCCUGUCACUGUCACCUGCACGGAGACAAUGAUGGGAAUGAGACAAGGCAGCCUCAUCCUCAAAGAUCUGGUUUUCCAAAGGUCUGGGAGUCAGGCAGAGCUCCUCAGGUUUAUGGGAGCUCAUUGCCAUGGGCCUUUCCUGGUUCUAUAUUUCCUUCUUUCCCAUGUGCAGCCAGGCUGUGGGAGCUGGCACAUGGGCACCAGGAGCCUUCAACACUAAAUUUGGAUUCUUGGGAAGGGUUUGAAUUUAGCUCUUAGCAAAAGCCUAUUUCUACUUCUUUCACCCCCAAAUUCAGCCUAGGAAUAGCUUCUGCCUGAUUUCCAUUUGCUGUCCAUGGGAUUCCAGGAGCGCUGGCAGGCUGGCUCUACUCUAAUUGUGUGUCAGUUUUAAUUCCUCUUCUGCCUCCUCAAGUGCUGCCUGUUUGGGAAGAUAACACUGUCCUUCCCCUGCUCCUUUAACCCAGCUCUGAGGGCAGGUGUCUCACGUGCCAGAGAAGGGGCAUCUCCAUCCCCUCUCCCAAAAAGAGCUCCACUGCAAUCCCAGUGUCCCCCCACUCCUCCCAAGGCUUUGCCCAGUGCCCCUCAUCGCUGUGAAUUAUUUACAGCACAGAUGCUCACUCACAGAACUGAACUUCCACUCACAGAAAUCAGAAUUGUGUCCUUUUAGCUCUUAAUUCAGAGGCUGGGAAUGCUGGAUGCCAAAUCCUGAAAGUCAGCCUCUGUGUUUUAAAAG